CAGUGAAGAACUAAAAGUUGAAAAAGUUAAAAAUUAUGGAAGCCUUUCCAAUUACCUACGAUGCAAACGAUAAAACUUGGAGUGGCCCGAAACGGAGCACCAUCUACAACUCGGACGCGUCCUUGGGCAAGAUCAUAUUCAACAACAUGAAAAAUUGGCCAAGGAAUGUUUGUCAAAUCAACGAUGCUAGCGGCGAAUCCUUAACCUUUGCCCAGGCAAUAACUUGGGCUAUUCGGAUUGCGCAACACCUGAAAAAGCGAGGACUUAAUGAUACAGAUGUGAUUGGAAUUUCUGCUAAAAAUACAACUUAUCUCAUGCCUUUGGCUACUGCCUGUCUGAUGAACGCGACACCUUUUCAUGCUGUGAACCCAAUGCUCGAUGAAGAUACCAUUAAAUAUGCCUUUGGGUUAACCACGCCAAAGAUUAUAUUUUGUGAUGGACUUGAGUAUAACAAAAUCAAAUCGGCAACACAAGGCUGGUGUCCUGAAAUAUUUACAAUGAUCGAUCAUAUUGAGGGUGUGCCCAAGAUCGAGUCCCUGCUGGAUCCCACACCAACAGAAAUGUUCUAUCAACCUGAGCCUCUUAAAAAUGGUGGAGAUCAGACCGUGGCAAUUCUAUGCUCAUCUGGUACAACAGGACUACCGAAAGCUGUUUGCAUAUCAAAUAGUACUCUCUUGAUGGAUAAUGUUCAAAUUACCAGCGAGAUGAUCUUUUAUGUGGCAAGCUCCUUGGAUUGGAUGACGGGAGUCUUUGCUCUUAUUUCCAGCACAGUUUUCGGCUGUACUCGUGUCAUAACGAACAAACCCUUCACUCCCGAAUACUUUGUGCAGUUGGUGAAGAAGUAUCAACUCCUCCAUGCCAUGCUACCUCCUCGACAUUUGUCCGGUUUGGCAAUUUGUCCAGAAGCAACUGUAGAGGCACUUUCGUCCUUGAGAAUGAUUAACUUUGGCGGUGGCAUGGUUUCCCUGGCAACCUUGCAGCGAAUUCAAGAGCUAUGCAAGAAUGCUACUCUAACUGGAGGAUAUGGAAUGACCGAAGUAGGCACCAUCUCCUCAAAUUUUGGACUCAAAAAUAUUAAUGCAGCUGGAAGGCCCAUAGCAGGUAUUAAAAUGCGCAUUGUCGAUGACGAUGGUACGAGACUAGGCCACAAUCAGGUUGGCGAGAUUUUUGUGCACACCGGACAGGCAUGGAAUGGUUACUACGGCAAUCCUGUGGAGACGCGGCGAAUGCAGGACUUUGAGGGUUGGUUCCACACUGGUGAUUUGGGAUACUUUGAUGAGCAGAACUUCUUGUAUAUUGUGGAUCGCAAGAAGGAGAUCCUCAAGUAUCAGGGUCUGCAUUAUUGGCCCACAGAAAUCGAGACUGUUAUUGCGGAGCUGCCUCAGGUGCAGGAUGUGUGCGUUGUGGGCAUCUACGAUGAGCGUCAAGGCGAUGCUGCUGGCGCAUUGAUUGUCAAGCGAAAGGGAUGUGAGAUCAACGAGAAGGCGAUCAUCGAUCAUGUGGCCAAGAGAUUGACCGGGGUGCAGAUGCAACUUCAUGCUGGAGUUCGCUUUACAGAUAAUCUACCUGCCAACCAUAAUGGAAAGACCGUCCGCAGGACAGCGCGCGAAGUUUUUGUAGCUGCUAACUAAAAAAGUUUGCACAAGCAAAGCAACAAUGGUCCAUGCCGCAAUCAGAGCAGCAACCAGAGCAGCAAGGACUCGAAUGAUAGUCAGGGCUUUAAAGUAACGCUUGUGGGAGCUGCCGGCGGCGUUGGACAACCCCUAGCUCUGAUGCUUAAAAUGAAUCAGCGGAUAAAGACCUUAGCACUGCACGAUAAGGUGUCAACCAAGGGCAUGGCCGUCGAUCUAUCCCACAUCUGCACGCCCACCAAUGUCGAGGCCUAUGAGGAAAAGGAUUUGGGGAAAGCGCUUAAGAAUGCGUCAAUUGUGGUGAUUGCGGCUGGACAGCCGCAGAGACCAAGCGUUAAAUACGAGGAGCAGCUUAAGGCGAAUGCCAAAGGGGUUGUCGAGAUAACCAAAGAGAUUUGCAACGUUUGCCCGCAUGCUUUACUAGCUUUCAUCACGACUCCGGUGAAUGCGAUUGUGCCUAUCGUGGCCAAGGUGAUGAUGGAGCUGGAUGCAUAUGAUCCCAAGCGUCUGUUUGGUGUGACAGCGCUGAAUGUUGUGCGUGCUAAAACAUUUAUUGGCGAUAGCAUCGGUGUUGAUCCCAUGGAGGUCAGCAUUCCUGUGGUGGGCGGUCAUGGUGAGACAGCUUUGGCGCUAAUCUCUCAAUCUAAGCCCCAGUUUGAUGGCAGUGCCAUGGAGCGAGUGGAGGUGCUGCAACAAAUGCAGAACGCCGGUCCUCAGGUCAUAGAGUCAAAGGAGGGCAAAGGUACCAUCACCUCAUCCAUGGCGUAUGCAUCUGCCAGUUUUGUCAACUCUCUGCUCAGGGGUUUGAACAACGAGAAGAAUGUCAUCGAAUGUGCUUACGUUCAGUCAGAUGUUACGGAGGCUCAGUUCUUUGCCUCUCCCGUUUUGCUGGGUCCCAAGGGCAUUCAGGAGAAUUUGGGACUGCCCGAUUUGGAUGAAGAAGAGGAGGAGGCAAUGGAGGAGCUUGUUAAGAAGUUACAGAAAGAUAUUGAUCAGGGUCUGAAGUUGUCAGUGUGUUGA